ACCCGAUCUUGAAGGAAGGAGUAAGACCGCCCCAAAGUGGGCUGUGAAAAAAUCCCUUGUGUCAGGAGGCUGUCCAUCAGCAGACACUGCUCAGACUUUUUCCUGGUCUCUGUCUCCACCUGGUGGAUGGAUUGGAGACCACACUCAGGGACCUGAUGAAGAAGGAACUGACUGAAUCAAAUCAUGAGACAAAGAUGAAUACACAGUGAAGGUGUCUCACACUCUCAGAUCACCACAGCUUUUCCUUCACACUGCUUCCUGUCCAGCUUCCGACCUGAUGCUUGUCACACACCUGCUGUCCAUCUGCCCGUUAGCAUGUCUGUUUGUGUCCCUUUAUCAGAAAUCAGGCAGUGAUUGGAUGCUUCAGAUGAAGGCUCAAAGGAAAGGACACCUCAUAUCCCUAAAACAUGUUUCCUCAAUUCCUUUCUCCUCACAUCUUACAUGGGCAGGGCUAAGACACAAGGAGAGACACAACGUAGAUGCUAAUGAGAGACCUGGGAUGUACCCAUAGAAAAGCUGCACGCCACACCUCUGUGAACUGCUAUGUAACCCCCAGUUCACUCACCAGAAAUCUGUAACAGUGUUCUCAGGCUCUGUAUGGUAUGAGCUUGGAGAUAACUUCAUUUGAUGUCUUUAUUGUUUCACUCCUUUCUCUCUGACUGUCACACUAACUUUGAUCCAAUUUAAUUAAUUUUGUGGAAAUUGAGCCAGUAAUCAUCAGGACUCUGCUAAGUCAAACAUAACCUAAAGUGCCUAAAGUGUUUUGGUUUGCUGUUGAUUUGCCUUCAAAUAAGAAACAAAUAAAAUAAAACAAAGCCAGAAUCCCAUACAGGAUUUGAAUCAGUAAGCCUGCUGGUUAACCAGCUACCUGGAGUACAGUAUCUGUUCACUUUCAUCCUGACAUCUUCAUCUUGAUCCUGACCUCUGGACCUCACUGUAUUAGGAAAGUGUAUUGUUUGUCUGCAGGCUAAUAACCAUGAAAUUUUUCCUGGCUUGAAAAAGGCCGACCUUCGACACUGUGACAUGGACUCAGGCUAACGCAGGUAUGCUACAAACAUCAGUAAAAAAACACAAAAGGCCUCCAACGGAGAUGUCAAGGUACUGUAUGUAUAACCUGUAUGAUGUGGGGAAAACAAAUGAAACUGAAAACUAGAAAAUCGCACAGUUCAAGAUAAAGCAUGUUCAAAGAAGCUAAAUGCAAAGAGAAAAGCCAAUAGUCUUUGAGUUAGAGAAAGAAAAUAUAAAUGUGUUUUUGGAGACUGGAGAACAAACUACAUUUCCCAAGAGUCCUCUCUUCUUCUGCCUUUUACCCUGCAGAGGGAGGAGAGUGGGAGGAGGAGGGAGUGGGGGGCAGUUGGGAAAGAAUGUGUGGAAUUCAUUUCCUGCUCUGUACUCUCACAGAGUCAAAGUGAGCGAGGAGACGAGUCAUGGCCAAGUCUAAGCGCACUCCGAUCUGAGACAUGAAGGAGCACUGACUCCUCGUUCUGCUGGCUUAUUCUCUCCGGGACUCCACACUGACGAAGAGGAGGAGGUCCACCAUGGCCGAGCCUCUGUUGAAGAGGACCCUGUCCAGACUGAGAGGCAAAGACAGAUCCCGCAGGAAGACCGACCCCAAAUUGAGCGAUGUUCCAGUGAAAUCUAACACUGUCCUCCAGACUUCUUCAUCACCGUCAUCACCAUCAAUGAUGACAUCAAGAACACUGACAUCAGCAGACCUGGAAGCCCCCUCUCCCCCACGUAACCACAUCACAGUCGCUAAGAAACAGCAGUGGGCACGACAGGGCUCUGUGGCUCUGCCCCCAUCCUUGGUCUCAAACCCCAUCCCCCAAGCCUCUGAUUGGGAGAAACCUUCAAGGAUAUCCCAGGAUGCAUUUGGGCAGGCCUGGAGUCAGAAGCUAGCACAGGACAAGACAGAGCAGUGUGGCGACAGGAGGUGUGUCAGCCUGGCUUGGGAUACGACCAGCACCCCAUGUGUCUCUGUCAGUUCUACAACAGUACAGCAGGAAGCCCUUCAGCCAGCAGAGGGCUCUACUGAUGCCCCUGCCAGCUCUGUCAACACUAAGCUGUCUGGCCAGCGUGCCUACCUGCAGAGCCUGGAUCGCAGCAGCCGGGCCUGGGUGCUAUCUUCAGGAAAGUCCCAGGCUUCAGAUGGACCUAGUGAUUCACAGGAGGAUAGUGGCAGCAACAUCUGGUACAACCCAAUCCCUGAGGAGGAGGAUUCAGGAGGCCCAUGCCAGGAGGAGGAGAUAUGGAGGAGGAGGGAUGAGAGGGAGGAGGGAGGAGUGUCAAAGAUGGCGGAGCCAGGAGAUGUCAGAAAAGAGCUGGAAGGAGUUUGGGUUGGUUCAGCAUAAGAUUGUAGCAGUGAUUGUCCACUGGAGGGUCAUAAUCCAAGUGUCAGCCACCAUGUUGAUGACAUAACAGCAGAAAACACAGACUCCCACCUUGCUGACUCUAUCCCCCCCUCCCAAAAGAAAGGGGGCGUGGCUGGCAGUGUGAUGGACAGGCUGAGGUCUCCUGGUACAGUAAGGAGGCUCUCCCUGAAAAUGAAAAAACUUCCAGAGCUGCGACGUAAACUCAGCCUUCGCUCAUCCUCUCGUUCUCAUCGUCAUGGCCAUGACAGCAGAGGGUUUGGGGAUGAGUCGACCAGUAAGAAUGCAGCAUCGUUGUCGGCUUCCAACCAGAAUGUGAUCAGCAGAUAUCACCUGGAUAGCUCCGCCCCUCCAGCCCGACCCCUGCGAAGAUCUUUCAAAGGAUGCUCUACCAAUAAGGGAGGCUAUCUUAGUGAUGGGGACUCCCCUGAGCUGCCACGGCAACAGGGCCCUCAGCUUGCAACUUCUCAGGAAGCACCAUGUGACAUCAGUUCAUUCCAGCUGUACCUGGGCUCUGAUCCUCCACGAUGCAACCAGCGGGUGACCGGUUUACUCACUGUUCAUCUGCUGGGCCUGGAGGAGAUGAAGUCCAGCAGGUUUGAUGGCUGUAAAGAGGUCUUCUUGGGGAUCCAGAUUGAUGGAGUGACAAGAGCAAGGACUGCCCUACUGACCCUGCGAGGCUCUGCCCUCUCGUUAAACCACACCUUCCACUUGGAGCUGGAGAGAGCUCGGCAGCUACGUGUAGUGGUGCUAACACCAGCUGGUCUGCAGUCAGUGGGAGGGUCUAGACCAGUAACGGAUCCAGGUCAGACUUCAAGUGGUCAAACCAGGAACAGAGUCUGCUGUCUUGGUGGUAUCUCUAUCCCUCCGCUUUUUAAAGCAAGUCGCAGUCAGCAGCUCCGUGUGAAGCUGGAGCCCAGAGGACUUCUCUAUGUCAAACUGUCUUUACAGGAAAAAUGGGACGCUCAGCCCAGCAGUGAUACUUCAGCCCCUGCUAAUGUUUUUGGGGUUGAACUGCACCACCUGGUAGAGAAAGAAGGGUCUGCAGUUCCGGUCCCUCUGCUGAUCCAGAAAACUGUGGCCGAGAUAGAGCGACGAGGACUGAAGGUGGUGGGUCUGUACAGACUGUGUGGUUCUGCGGCAGUGAAGAAGGAGCUCAGGGACUGGUUUGAGAGGAACAGUUCAGCCGUCUGCCUCAGCGAGGACCUUUACCCCGACAUCAAUGUCAUCACAGGUAUACUGAAGGACUACCUGCGAGAGCUGCCAUCUCCACUCAUCACAAGGACUCUGUACAAUGUAGUCAGGGAGGCCAUGGCCCUACGACCCCCACCUGCCCUAUAUGUGACCCCUGACCCCCAGUUGGCCCAGAGUACCGUGGAGCUACUGGCCUGUCUGCCGCCUCCAGAGAAAGCCACCCUGUCUAUCCUACUGGACCACCUCAGUCUGGUGGCGUCCUUAAGCUCAUCCAACAGGAUGACCCACCAGAAUCUUGCUGUCUGCUUUGGCCCAGUGCUCCUCACCCCGACACAGGAGGCCUGGAGGGGAGGAGGAGUAGGGAGGGGAGGAAGAGGAGGAGGGAAAUGCUCUGGUCACAUUGAAGAGAUCACAAGUGCAGUGGAUUUCAAACGACACAUCGAAGCAUUGCACUACCUGCUGCAGCUGUGGCCAGUGCCAGCCCAUCGAGACCCACUGGAUGAUCACAUCGACAUGUCCUCUCCUCCCUCCCUCUCCCUUGCAUACAACCCUCUGGGCCUUCAGCAGCAUUGGCAUCCAGGGCUGCGAUUGGCUCUGACCCCCAGCCCUGAGGAGGAGGAGGUGGUGGUGUCACGUCGGGGUCGAAGCAGUCUGACUCGGCUUGAAAGUCCGCCGCCAGUCAACCGGUACGCUGGAGACUGGAGCAUCUGCGGACGAGACCUUUUGUCCAGACAGGAGGCAGACUAUGAUGAGGUGGCAGAAAGUGAGAGUGAUGGAGGCAGUGGCAAUGAAGAAGAGGAGGAUAAGAAGAAGGUGUGGUCCUCAGGAGCAGGAGGAGGAGGUCUGUACAUGGACGAUUUCAUUGAUGUUGAUGCUCCGUUUAACUGUCGGCUCAGCCUGAAGGACUUUGACACUCUUAUCCAUGACCUGGACCGGGAGCUUGCCAAACAGAUCAACAUCUGUCUGUAGAGGAGCAGGAACUGGUUUAAUUAGUGCUUGUUUACUUCUGCCUGAAGUUUAGUCUGAGAUAAAAUUGUUUGCUCCACCACAGGCACAACUUGAACCUCAUAAAUCUUAAGUUUCAGAAAAUUUGACUUCAAUUAAGUUUCAAAAUGUUACAUGCAAGUUCAGAACAACUGAAUUUUAUCAAAUUUAUUUUUAAAAUCUUGACAUAUGCUGGCAUAGAUGUCAGCCCUGAUAGGUUUAAUGCUGGAGCACUGUAGAAAUGCUCUUACUUUGUCAAUGUUUCCUCAUAAGUUGAAAUCUCAUAAAUUUGAGAAUUGCAAGAUGUCAUAUUACCUGGAUUUCUGAGCCUGUUAUCACGUGGCAUAUACAGUAUGUGAUCUCAGAUUUAGAAGUCAUAAUAGCUUUUUUCCUUUGAAUGUGUUGCACUUCCAUCAGCAUUUAGUUGUAAAACAGUGACUGUAACAUCAGUGAAUGGUAUUAGAGAAUUAUUAAAUUCUGUGGGCGGAAACAAGUUGAACUCAGAAAGUUGAAGGUAAACCUUGUCCUCAUGCCGAUGUUUGCUGACUUCUACAGGUCGUCAUGAAGGAGGAGCCUUCUGCCUCAGUUUGUGCCAAAAAAAAUCAGAUGAGAGUGAUUUAUUUCUUUGGUCCAACAUUAGAUAUAGCCUCAGGGUUCAUACUAAUAUGAAGGAGGAGAGGCAUUGCUAUGGAGGAACUUCAGGAACAAAACUUUUGUACCACCACCUGCUGGUUCCUCCAUAGCUACACAUGUUCCGGUGAUAACCAGUUUCCCACAGUUCUUUGUGUCUACAUUCUGCGAGCUCACUGAUGUGAACUAUGUGCUUGUCUGCUGGGUAUCACCAUGUCAUCGUUUGGAUGACAUCAGGGCUGUUUGCAUUGUUGAAGCCAUAAUUUCACUUGUUGAAACUUCAACUAGAAGUAGUAAGAUGUAGUAAGGUGAUGUGAUCAGUGAUACCAUCAUAUCAUGUCUCAGAUAUCUAAACAACAGUAGCAUGGCUACAGAUAUGGAGCCCUUGAAGGGUCUGAAAAUAUUCCUAAACUACCUUUUUGAAUUUGCCCUGAUCUGAGGAAGCUCAAGCUCUUGCCUGCCAGCACAGCUGUGGCAGAAACAUGGAUCAGAGGGAGCACCAGGAAACAGAAUUCACUGGGAGGCAAUGAAACAGUCGUUCAGAGAUAGCUGCACAGGUUCUCAGAGGACCUCACAUAGUUAUAGACUGAAACACAAACACCAGCGGAAUGUCAGCUGUUUUCCACAUGCUGCACAUAAAGAGAGGCCAAACCCAUAUUUUCUUAAUAAUUGAAAGACUUUAAAAUGUACUGUGAUUUCAUAAAAACCUCUGUACUGUUUUCACCAGCAUCACUGAGUAGUGUGUUAGACUCGAAACCAUCAAAGAGAACCUGAAGGGAGACGAACACCUAUGCUUUUGUCUGAAUGCAUGAAGAAUAAAUGUCUGUAGUGAUGUUUCACCUUUCAGUUUUAAUGCUUUUAAACUUCUACAACAAAAACUAUAGAAUUGUUCAAAAUUAGCAAAAGCACCUAAAGAAGGUGUUUGGCUCAUAUUCUGUUAAAGCUAUAAUCCUCCAGAGGACGUGGACAUGCGACCCUCCAAUAGGAUUACUGCAACGCAUUUAUCUAUGCACCUGACCAGCACAGCAUCCCCUGUAGGUUUCAGCUAGUCCCACAAGACUUUGUUGCUCCAGUAGGUCUUUGUUGCCCCUGCAGCUGUCUGUUGCUUUGGCAGGUUUUUGCUGGUCCUGCAUUUAGAGCAGCAGAGUGAUGUUGGCUGCAGCAGGUCAGUACAUUUGCACGGUACAGAGUUUAUAACUGUGAUGAGUUAGUGAAAAUGAUGCUGUGCUCAGUAUUACCAAUGAUUUGAAUCUGUUCUCUUUGUUGUCGACAGUAUUAUGUUUUGCACAAAUUGAAUAAGCACUUGUGUUUUUGUUGUUGAUGACAAUGUUUCUAUGCAGAUGAUGUAACCAAAGUGUUGAAGCACAGUUUCUGUUGGAACAGACCACAGCACCUGUUUGUAGAUCUUAACAUGAGCAACUA